AUCAAACGUCAGUUGAAUUUUGUUAAUCCAAGUUUUAGCACUGCGUUAGGUUUCUUUGUUUAAAAAUAAAAUUACUAAAAGAAAUGUCUAAUGAGAAAAACUUAGAUUUAGAAUACGUGAACGAAAGUUUUCAGAAAAGCUUAAAAGAUGACGACGACGUGAUAAUAGACGCUUAUAUAGACGGUUACAAUGAGCUCGUUAAGUUCUUGAACCUUAUCGGGACAGUGUUCUCGUUCGUGAGCAGCGAUGUGAAGAGUAAAAUCAAAAUAAUGGAGAAACACAGAGCGGGGGAGGACGCGAUUUACUACGAGUCCUUCAAGAAAAUGAUGAAGUAUGAAAAGGAGACCACCUUACACGAAAAGAAUGGAUUUGUGUCAGGAUCAAGGACCAUGUUGAGGUUGCAUAGAGGCCUAGAUUUCAUACGGCUCUUUCUCAAGAGAUUAAGUGAGGCAGAGGAGUCAGUGAACACCUGCACAACUUGUCAGGGUUCCUACAAUGAGACCCUCGCAGAAUUCCACCCCUGGUAUAUAAGGAAGGCUGCAACCCUGGCCAUGCAUGCCCUGCCGGCACGGCCAGAUUUAUUGCAUAAGAUUUUCGGCGACGAAGAAAGACUAACAGAGGCGCUCGCCAUUUUGCCGCAGACCUUGAAGUCCUGUGACGAAGUGUACCAACGCGUAGAGAACCUCUAUACAGACUUCGAUUUUCACGGUUUGCCAUAGAAACAAUGCUACCAUGAAAUAAUUAUUAAAAAGAAGACCUAUUCGAGUUUGCUCUAAGAUUGAAAACAAAAAAUAUUACCAUUCGCUCAUAUACAGGGUGAGCUAGGUUAAUCAAAGUUUUUUUUUUAUAAAUAUCGUGAUGUAUAAAUAAACAUUUGUAGUAUCUAAAAACAUUUCAAAAAAAUCAAGUUCUUUUCGCGAGAGAUUUCUUCUCUAUCUUAUAGUUUCAAAUUUCAUCAUACUUAUAAAAAUACACUGAGUAUUUAUUGAUUUAAAUAAAUAAAUUUUGAUUAUAAUCUUAGAGUCUCACCCUGUAUAUUGCCUACUCAUUGCCAAAUGAAUGUAAAACAUCAAAUUGCUCAUUAAAGUAAGACCAAAAAAAAAGUAGCAAAUUAUCGGAUGACGGUUAAUGCUUGAUUGUGUGUAUAACUAUUGCGUAUACUGUAUAAUGUAUAUGCUUUGCUGAUAUUUCAAGUUGAACUUUAAUACAAGGUGCAUAAGAUUCAUUUUACAAACAAUAUUUUAACAAGCCAUUGUCUUUAUUUGUGGCGCCGCUCUUGUAAAUACAAUCAAUAAGUAAUUCAUAGUGAAGAGGAAGUCGACGACCUUCUUAUAUAGCUGUUAGUGUCGAAAAACUUAUUGUGUGGAAUUGCUUUUUUUCGGGUAGUUAAAUAUUUGGAUUUUAGGAUCUAAUUACCUAAUUGUCUAAAAUCAAUAAAACAUAAUUAUGUAUAUUGCACUUACCCUUUAUAUUCUUGUGCGAAUACACGGCGCAAAUCACACCGGGACAAGAAUUUUAUUUUUUGUUCCAUAUUCGCAAAAGGGCAAUGGUCAUCCCUGGUCCAGGCCCAACCUAACCACCCGGCAGUUUACUUAUAUCUAAUAAUUAAAUCAUUAUUUUACCAAAAAUAGUUUGCUACAACGAUUUCGACAUUUUUAAUUCAUCUUUAAUUUGUCCAGUACAGCUAUAUUCGUUGACGCAUGGCAUUAACCCUCUCGCGUCUGUUUACCCUAUACUUUGCGAACGGGUCGAACAAAAAGCGACCAAUACCAAAGAACGUAGACUGUUGCCCACAAUGCACGAUUCCGCAAAUAAUACGGGAAACUAUUCUACACUUAUGUUUCGCGGCAUUUUUAGGUAUCCGCGCGCAAUUCAAUGCGAAUGUAGAGUGGAGUGGAAUCUGUUUAAACUAUUUGUAAUCACGCGCAUCUCCGAAAGUGAGAUCAUCUUUCGAAAAUGAGCGUGCUACACAGCGUCUUCGCUGACGAAAACGAGGAUCAUGAUAUUUGACGUCAACCGGCCGUGAGUUGUUUAAACACGAUCUAGGGGACUCCCGGACUGAUACACUCAGGCCAAAACACCCUUCCAUUCCUUUCCACCCGUGGUCCGAGUCUCAGAGGAGCGCCUUUAGAGAUUCGUUCCGCCUAUAGGUAUUUCCUGUUUGUGCUAUCAGGCCCCAUCAGGCUUCUGCGCUCGCCCUAAACCCCCGGUGACUCCGCUGAGGUUCCAUUAAGAAUUAUGGCACUUACACAAUUGAAAAAAAGUCAGCAUUAUCGUAUAGGUAGAAAGAAAUUGUUAGACAGAUCUCUCUCUCUCUCUCUCUCUCUACAGUCGCUCCUUCAUUUCUAAAAAUCGUGGUCCUGGUAAGAUCCUAACCUCCUGCGGGUCCAGGUUUUCCACCGUCUUCUGUUGGUGGCCAUUUUAGCUAGCGUGUAGAAAUUAGUCUUAUUAUCCUCUUUCAGCUGGUCAGCCCAUCGUGUUGAUGGUCUUUUCCCAUACAGACAGAUGAGAUGAGACCUCAAAGUGAAUGCUAAGUUGCGCAGAAAAUCGCAAUGCUUAUAUGAAAAUCGUUCCUCAAGCAAUCAAAUCCAUAAAUAGCAAUGCUUAGUAUCGCCCAGGAAUAUCCCAGCUGUAUAUUAAUCACGUAUUAACAGAUAACAUUCAAUGAUAUCUUAUCGCUUUAAUAAUUGUUAUCUUAUACAACAAAGUGUUUUAUGUUCGUAAUUGAAUAAGGCGUGGCUUGAUAUGAUAAAAAUCAUGCGAAAGAUAAUAAAACUUCGCUGAGUAAAAAAAAAAUAGGAACCCGAAAUUUGAAUUUGUUUAUUUUGAGCUUAUGUUAUAUGAUGUUAGAAGAAAAAAGAGGUAGAUAGGUUACAUAAACUAUAUUCGAUGUUUACAACUGGCACACAAAAAUUAUUUCAGCGGUGUUGUCAACGGCGCGAUGACAAUGCGGCGACUGAGCUCAGGUUUGCUAAUUAACACAGUUUUAACGUGGCUCUAACGGUCCGCAUAUAACCUAUCUACCUCUUUUUCUUCUAACAUCAUUGAUUUUGAGUUGGUAUAUUUUUAAUAUCUAGUCGAUUUGUCUUUAAUAUACAAUAUCAGGCAUAAUUACUGUAUACUCUUGGAUGGUUAUGCUUACUAUAGUAUUUCUAAUUACCGAAAAUGCAGUGUCGUAGAAAUAACAUGGCAAAAUGCCACGGGCCCAAGGUUCGCAGGGGCCCCUGCCUAAGAAGCUGUGAGCUCAGAAGUAAUCCAACAUAAAAGAAAUACAAUUCGACCAUUUAUCUGGGGCCCUAGUUAUGCCACGGGCCUAUAAAUAGAUAGUUACCACCACUAGAAAGACAGCUGGCUUUUGUAUGAAUUGUGUCGAUAAAUUGGCCAAGUUUAAACUUGGCUGUAUAAAUAAACAACAAACCCUAUAGAAGAUUUGUGAUUAGGUACUAUAUAAAAAGAAAAGGUAACGUAUUGUUAUACAGGAGGCUUUUUGUGUUAAUGUAAUCUAAUUAAAUUAUACGUGUAAUAAAAAGUUAAAACUUGCAUUUUACGUAUAAACGGUUAUUGAAUGUGCAAUUUUAUAGUGUAAGUGAUCUCAGCGUAAGUUCAGCGAAUUAUUUCAUGUAUAACAUGUUUUUUUAAUUUUAUGCUAUAUUUUGUAAUUCAUAAGGCGUUAAUUCGCCUACUUUAAUCUUUGAUUAAAUUAAAACGUCACAGAUAGUUAUCAUGCCAUCCUUAUUACACGGUAUAUAUUGUGAUAGGGAUAGCAUUACAUUUAUAAACAUUAUUAUUACACCUACCUCGUAUUAGGGAAAAUGCUUGUCAUCUGAGUUAAGGCCACAUAUUUUUCAUUACCUAUAUUCCUUAAUAGUUGGUAUCUAUCUACUAAUAUUAUAAAGAGGUAAUGUUUUUGGUAUUGUAAGGUGUAAUCUCUGGAUCUACUGAACCGAUUUUGAAAAUUCUUUUACUACUACAAAGCCACGUUGUUUGUGAGUAUCACAGGUAUAUAUUAUGUACCCGUAUUGCUACGAGAAUGAAAACUUCGCGGGUGAAACCGCGGGGCGUCUGCUAGUACUUAAUAAAUGGUAGUUUAUGAAUGCUGAAAUAUGUCAGAUAUUUGAAGGAAAACAUUAUCAUUUGCUACAAAUAAAACUAUUUGUAGCAAAUGAUAAUGUUUUCCCUUUUAAAGAGCAGUAUUAAAAAGGAAUUAUUACGGCAUUAGCCUGGUAAUAAAUUGAGUAUGUAUGUACCCAAAUGUUUUCCUAAAAAAGAAGCUAAUAGUAAUUCCAUACUGUACAAUGAAAAACACCUAAACACGUUUGCUGCGGUACGAGGUCAAUUGACCUCGUACGGCUUCAAGAGUUACUAGGUCGAUGGACCUCGUACCGCACUACAAAGUUUUAGUAUGAGGUCAAAACACCUCGUAUCACACCAGAGGAAAAUGCAGAAAAAUCAAUGCCGCAGCCAACGUGUUAAGUUAGCUUUGCUUUUGUUAGACUAGUUUUAAUAUUUAGUUUUGAGCUGCAUAAUAUUGUAUUAAUUCAGUGCUUUAGGUUUACAUUGUACAUUAGUUUUAUUUAUCUAAAACAGUAUGCCGAAAUAAAAUAAGUUGCAAUUACAUAAUUAUAAAAUAAGUUAUAGUGUAGUAGUAAAGUUUAAGAAAAAUUAAUAUAUUGUAGGUAAUGUUAAAACUAUUUAUAAGAAGCUUAUUCGAGUCCCUUUUAUCAAAAAAAAAAUUGAGCUCAAUCGCAACUUUUGCUCAGUGUUUUGUAUCCCAGAAGUUUAUAAAUGAAAAUAAAAAUAUUGAAAAAUAGGAAACAUAAAGUAGGAAACAUUAAUGACCUAACAGACUAAAAGAAAAUUGUAGACGAAUUCUAGUAUGCAAUGUUCAUAAAAGUAACUUCAUUUGUGCCCCGCAGGAUUAGAGCAAUCGAAUAAUUCCCAGAUUACAUGUAACCCGCCACUAUAACCCUUCUAUACAGGUACCGUACCUAGAGUUUAGAUUAAAGUGGAAGCCUGGCCCUAUAGUUUAUAUUGACUAGUAGCGCCGUUUAAAUUGAUCGAUAAUCUUAUGUCUUUUAAUAAUAAUCUAUACUUACUAUUAACAUUAUAAAUGCGAAAGUAAGUCUGACUGUAACCUUUACACGGUCAUACCGCUUAAUCAAUUAAGAGGAAAUUUAGUAUAGAGAUGAAUUGGACUUUUGGGCAAAACAUAGGAUACUUAUUAUCCCGGAAAAAUCCAAGAUUUCCGCGGGAUUUCUAAAAAAAAUAAUUUCGCGCAUUUGAAGUGCGUUGUUUAAAUUGUCUGAUCAUGUCUUUUGACAAUAAUACGUAAUAUACCUUCUUGAAGUUUACUUUGAUCUACUAAUUGAAUGAAAAGCACGACGUUCAAGAUUAUAAACAGUUCCCUUGAAAUCUAGCAUCGCAUUCGUGGUGUGUGGUGGAUCACAUGAGUAAUCACUUAACGUCAGGUAGACCGUAUUCUUAUUAAAUUUGCUCUUAUUGAUUUAAUAAUUUCAUGAAUAAAAUCGCAUGUUUAGAAAACGGUUCGUCUAUUUUUUUCUUUUAUUCUGUGUAUAAAAAUUAUCCAAGGGACAACCUUGAAAAGUAUCUAAAUAUUGAGCUCAUUUAUAAAUUGAAAUAUAAAUUAAUCGUAUAAAAGAUUUGUAUUAAAUUGUGUACAGAUUUUUGUCCCUUGAUAAAUUUAAUUAAAAAUUUUAUUAAGUCUGAUCAGAAAUGUAGUGGACCCGGCGCGAAUAAGAUAAAAAUAUACCUAACGUUGAUAAAUGUAAGUACGCGCGUAGCUCGAGAUAGUCCGUGUUUACCUAAUGUCAAACAGGAAAGAGAUUAACAUACUAAGCGCAGGCAGUGGCGUGCAUAAGGUUGUAGAUCAGGGUAUGCACUAAUGAGACAAUUUAACCAAACUGGGCAAAUGUACAUUGGAUAAGCAUUAACAAAACAUUUGUUAGGGUACGCAGUACUUGAAAGCAUGUAUGAAGUGCACGCCACUGAGCGCAGGCGGCAAAAAUACUUUUGAUGCCCUAAAGGUGAACGCUCACUUAUCGAAGCCGAUCGCGUCGAACGAAUUGAAGAAGGCCUCAUAUCUGCAUACAUUUCCUUUAGAACGCUUUUAGUAUCAUCGUUUUUACGCAAACGCAUUGCGGACGUCUUUUCCUUGUCUUUUCUUAUGUAUUUUUAGUGUCAUACCUACCGUCUGCAUCUUUUCCCGAUCCUGACGUCACUAUGCCGACGUCCACAGUGUGUUUACGUAGGAAAAACGCAUGACACUGAAAGCGCUCUUACGCAUAUAGCACCAUUACAAGUGAAUGGCGGUUGAGUCGGACCUCAGACCAAUUAUAGAAGGACCAGUGACGCAUCCAUAUUCAGAGGAAAACGAGCUUAGAUUUUGUGUAGAUCUCGUACUGAAUUAGAAGUUUUUGAAUGUUUUUUUACACAAUUCAACUAUGUAAACAAAUAGGUAUUUUUAUGAAGCUCUAACUGACGUAUACGAUUACUAUGAAACAUAUGAUUUUAUAGAGACAGUUUUUAUAAUGGUAUUAAAUCUUUGAUCAUAUACUUGGACAUUUAAGUAACGGCUAUAGCUAGGCAGGUCCAUUAUAAUAAUUGGUCUGAGAGUUGGACACAAACCGCGCCGAAUCUGAUGACUUCAUCCGAAUUAGUUUGGUCAUUCUGGAGGUCUUCCAGUUACGGACGACUUGAAGCGGGGAGGUCUGCGAGGAUUCAUAAAAUUUCAUAAACCUACAGAAUAAAAUUAGUUUCGAUCAACUCGUUCGGCUUGGGUAAGUGUGCGUUCGUCUUUAUCCAGGUCUUUUAUAUUUCUGAAAUCAAGACACAGUGAUUUAUUUUGUAUAGCGUAGUGUUUAAGAAGCAACAUUCCCGGAUCGACCCGAUGUAGUUGGGAAGAGAUUAUAUCAAAGAUGUACCUUUUUCUACUUCGUAUUUGCAAUAAAAAGUAUUUGCUAUUGAA